AUGGCCAUCAAGCUCUGUACUCAGAUUAUUCGGAGCCCAAGUGCUCGGUCAAUAUUUAUAUCUUCUACUCGGCUUCUAUCCUCGUUCGAGAAACCGUCACCUUCGAAGGCAGUCAAUGUUGAUGAGUCAAAGUCUGGUGAGAUGGAAAAUGGAAGUACAGGGAAGCAUCAAAUUCUUAGUAAGACAAAAACCGUCGCUGAAGCAGACGCUGAGUUGCGUGAGCGUCUGGAGCAGAUGUCGGGUGGAGGCGGUGCCUCUGGCAUCGAAUAUGAAGAUGGGAAACCUACAGCUAUGAAAAGGGGUGUUCGAGAUAACAUGUUUCGCUUGAUUUAA